GGAAAGUCAUAGGCAAUUGGAAUUGUCAUCGGUUAUUGUGCUUGUUGAAAAAUUUCGCCAGAGACAAUUGCAAAUUAAAGUCAAGAAAAAAAGCUAGAAAAUAAAAUCAAACAUAAAAAAUAACAUUAAAUCAUAUUUAAAUAAUAGACUAUUACAAGUUACUAUAAAGUAAGUGACAUUUUAACGAAUUGGUUGUCACUGCAACGACUGCAGCAUCAUGGCAAAAGUGCAUAUCACAAACGUGGUCGUUUUAGACAACCCAAGCAGCUUCUUCAAUCCUUUUCAAUUCGAGUUAACUUUCGAGUGUAUUGAAGAGUUGAAAGAGGAUUUGGAAUGGAAAAUGAUUUAUGUUGGCUCAGCCGAGUCGGAGGAGUAUGAUCAAGUGCUGGACACAAUAUAUGUAGGCCCCGUGCCGGAAGGUCGUCACAUAUUUGUCUUUCAAGCAGAUCCACCCGAUGUGACGAAAAUUCCAGAACAAGAUGCUGUUGGCGUGACAAUAGUACUGCUUACUUGCUCAUAUCGUGGACAGGAAUUUGUACGUGUUGGUUAUUUCAUUAAUAAUGACUACGCUGAUCCAGAAAUGCGUGAAAAUCCACCGCCAAAACCUUUGUUUGACAAACUCACGCGAAAUAUAUUGGCUACAAAACCGCGCAUUACCCGCUUCAAAAUAAAUUGGGAUGACACACCAUCGAAUGGUUUGCUAAACGGCAAUGGCCAAUUACAUGCGCAUGGUAUGGCAAAUAUGGAUGAGGGCGCUUCAACUUCGGCAACAGCAGGCGUGUUGGGAGCUGGUUCAAAUGGUAAUGGUUUCAGUGGUGCAGCGUGCGACUCAAUGGAUACACCAGAAGCGGCAUGCGAUGAUAAUAGUCUGAAUAUGCCUAUUGAAAAUGGUGUUAAUGCGCUCAAUGAAAACUCAAAUUCGCUUGCCAUGGAGUGCUAGGAUUUUUUGUAGUCAACCUAUGCCAGCCAGCUAUUUAUCGCCCUCUGUAUAAAAGUAUUUUUGUACCUAUCAUCUAAUUCCGUGCAUUCUACAAGCAGAGCAUAUGUAACGGUCUAAAAAUAUCUCAUUGUUCGUCUUUAUUUCCGUUCUCUUCAGUUUAUAAGUUAUGUUUAUCAUUUCGUAUUUUUUUUCUAAUACUUUAAUAUUUUAUUGAAGAUGUUUAGUAAACAAAUAAGCUACUUUAAUGAAAAUUAUUUAUAAAUAUAGAAAACCAAUUAUAUAUAAGAGUGUUUGUAAUGAUUUAAUGAUUGAUAACCGUUAAUAUAAUGGAAUUAUUAUGUGCUAACGA